AUGAAUUCCUCAUCUUUAAACUUCACUGUGUCAAGCAGCCUGACUUAUAGAGACUCUCCCAGCUCUGCUGUGGCUAAAAAUGUGAUCAUUGUGGCUCUUGGCAUCACCAUCAACUAUAUCAAUGGGACAUUGGUUCACACCUUCAGAAAACACCAGAUUUUCUAUUUGAAUCCUCGUUACAUCCUUUUCAUCCAUCUGGUGAUAAAUGACAUGAUACAGCUGACUACAACAAUCAGCUUAUUUGUGUUUAGUUAUGUCUUCCAAAAAAUUAAUGCUUCCUUAUGUUGCUUCAUUGUUACUUUUGCUGUUUUCACCACUCUUAAUACUCCAUUAAAUUUAGCUCUGAUGGCAUUGGAGUGCUACAUCGCUGUCUGUUUCCCACUGCGACAUGCUGAACUUUGUACCAUAAAACGAACAUAUUUUCUCAUUGGCUGUAUUUGGAGUUUAAGCGUAGUAUCAAUUUUGCCAGAUAUCUUUCUUAUCCUUGCAACAGAACCUCUAAGGCUAUUUUACGCCACGAUAUUUUGUGAGAGAGACAUUCUGUUCCAACAUCCUAUAAGUAUUGAAAAGAGGGAUGCUUCUUACAUAAUCUUUUUAUCUCUUGUAUGGCUCACCCUUUUCCUUACUUAUUUAAAGAUAUUUUUUGCUGCUCAAGCUGCUAGUUCAGCUGAAGGAAAGGUGAAACGAGUCAGGAAUACUGUCCUACUUCAUGGCUUUCAGCUAUUUUUGUGCAUGCUAACAUAUGUAGCUCCAAUGGCAAAAAACGCCCUGUCAUUUCUGUUCCCAAAUUAUAAUGUUCAUAUAUAUUUUGUAUGGUACAUAUUGGCCCAGAUACUGCCCAGGUUUUUGAAUCCUAUUGUGUAUGGGCUGCGAGAUAAUACAUUCAAACAGUAUUUGAGAAAGUAUCUGCUGUGCACCAUCAGAGCAGCCAACAAACUUUAG